UGUUUGCUAAUCACUUGAGAGAAGUCCAUCGAGCUCGCCACGAAACCAUGGCAAAUAGCGGAUAUAUUCAACGAAGCAUACUGUUCUUUGUACUUGGACUUCUGACGGGAAUUCUAGGUCUCCACCCGAUCAAUGAAUCCAGCCGCAAUGCCAGUAGCAACCAGUGCGCGCAAAUUUGCCCUGGGGCCCAGUCGUGUGUACUCAGUACUCUUGAUGGACGAUUCUUCUUCAGAUGUGUUCAGCUUGACGGACAAGAGCAAAUAAUCCCGUACAAAGAGCCGGAUGUCAACGAUCUUGUAGAAACGGGACCUUUCGUCCAAACAUUUCUCCUCCCAGAGGGUCAAGCAGAUUUUAUGACCGCACAAGACGUAAUAAGAGGCAUCAUGCAACCGCAGAUACCGAUGGAGUCCACUGAAAUAUUUCAACCAAAUGUAAUCGACCAACCGCAAGAAGUAGCUCAGCAAAAUCAAGUAGUGCUUUCGCAAGACAUAUUGCCGCCAUCGCUUAUAAGGAAGGCAAAUAUCCAAGAACAAACAAUACCACUACCCUCUGUAAUAUUAAGAGAAACAGGACAGCAGCAGAUAACAGAGACAUCACAGGAAACAAUGCCAGGACAAUCUAUUGUACCUUCGACACCAGAAGUGCGUCAGCGGCCAACUGGUGCCAGUAGAAUAGGACACUCGCUUCGUAAAGCACUUCACACCUUUAAGACACGUUCUCGAAACGGAAACGUUCCCAGUGGCCAAUCAAGGGAUCAAAUUCGAGUGACUUUUCGACCGGCUGUUCCAAUAACCGCACCACCAACAUUUAAAGUACCUUCCGGAAAUUCACAGUGCGAAUACUGUGAUUCGGCAGUUCACUGUAAAGAUGAGACGCGCCCUUACUGCUUCCAUUCGCACGCAUGCGCCAGGAGGGUCUGUCAAUCGCUUUAGCUUGGACACGACCGCAAUCUACAACCGCGCGCAACAAACCAUCACUGCCUGUCUUGAAUCCAACUUCAAAAGUGUACAAAAAGUGUGUUGAAAAAUAUAAGGUCCAAAAGCGUCCAUACGUUUUGGCGACCAUAUUUUUAAAGGCGCUUUUUGAUUGCUUAACUGUAUUAAGAUUACAGAAGUGAAUAUAGUUGUUAUGUGAAUUCAGAUGCAUUUAAGUAUACGAGUUUCGUUGAAAUAAAUUAGAACAGAGGUUUUGACUUAAUAUAUUUCUGGUAUUUUUCCAACAAAUCAAAUAUUAAUGAGCACGGGUGAUGACUAUGAUUAUAAAUGGUUUGAAUCUGCAUGCAUUUCCAGAAACAUAAACUGGGUGUUUAGCAUGCCGUUCUUUGAAAUCAAUUACAUAGAAGCUCCCAUUAAAAUCAACUCAGUAUUGUUUGUCAACUUGUUUAUGUU